CAGCCCUCCAUGAACAUUUAAUCUUGUGGAUCUCUCAAGCAAGACUUCCAAAGACAGACUUUUUGGACCUACUUUUUGGACAACAGCAAGAAACCAUCAGACAUGGUGUCAACUGGAUUUCAGAUUUUGGGCAUUGCCCUUUGCAUUAUUGGCUGGAUUGGGACAAUUAUUGUCUGUGCAACACCCCAGUGGAAAGUGACAGCCUUCAUCGGCCAGAACAUUGUCACGGCACAAACUACAUGGGAAGGCAUUUGGAUGAGCUGUGUGGUCCAAAGCACAGGCCAGAUGCAGUGCAAGGUUUACGAUUCCAUGCUGGCCCUUUCUUCAGACCUCCAGGCAGCCCGUGCCCUGACCAUCGUCUCUAUUCUGGUUGGCAUCGUCGCCAUCCUCCUGUCCAUCGCAGGAGGCAAGUGCACCAACUGUGUAGAGGAUGAGAGCUCCAAAGCCAAGAUCUGCAUAGCAGCUGGUGUCGCGUUCAUUAUUGCUGGUGUUCUGUGCCUUGUCCCUGUUUGCUGGACAGCAAAUAACGUCAUCAGGGACUUCUACAAUCCAAUACUAUAUGCCUCACAGAAGAUGGAGCUGGGAGCAGCACUCUUCAUCGGUUGGGGGUCCUCCGCCCUUCUCAUCCUCGGCGGUGGACUCCUCUGUGCCAACUGCCCUCCUAAAGAUAACUUCUCUGCCAAAUACACCGCUCCCCGUUCAACUGCACCCAAAGACUACGUCUGAGGAGAAAGAAGCUGAAUGAGAAAGCAGAGAGAAAGAGAACAGACUUCAUAUUAAUACUUUUGGUCCAUGAAAUGAAUUCAUGAUUCCACAUUAAGAAUUUUUAAAGUGAUUUCACUGUGCCCAGUGUUUAGUUUGAUGCUGUCUUGUAACUUUACUGCCCUUCAGGAUUCAUUCAUCAACAAAAAGUAUGAACCACACCCAAACAAAAAGAAGAAGAAAAAAAGAGAAAAACGAUGUCUGCAGCACAAAUGCUCGAUCUGUGGUGGUGAUCUGGUAUCUUAUAUACUGGAAAGAAAUUGGAUGUAACAGAUGAAUACGUUUGUUGAUUUUGUUUUAUGUUUUGUUUUUACUUAUUUCCAUUAUUCUCAUUCAUUUCAGCUUUUUUGAAUCCUUUUACACAUUUUCAUUCAAAUUACCUUGACUAUCUGAAUUUUGUAAAUAAAGACUUUUU